AUGUUAGAAUACGACCCUAUAACGCGCAUCACUGCUGAGGAUGCUUUGAAGCAUCCUUAUUUUGAAGAAGAUCCUAUUCCAUCCAUGGAUUCUUUCGACGGACAACCAUUUCAAUACCCUUCAAGGAGCGUUAAACAUGACGAUAAUGAUAUGAAGGCACCACCAGCAGCAGCUAAUGCAAGUACUGCUACACAGGGCCAAGCAGGGGCAUCACAAGGUGGAGUAGGCGCGGGACGAAAGCACGCUCAUUCUGGAAAAGAUGAAGGAAGAAAUAAUAAGAGGCGAGGCUAG